GUGCCGCGCGAACUUCAUCUCCGUUGUGUUCUCACCUUGGGUUUUUGCUUCUCUGCGAUAUUUCGUGUCUCUUACAUUGCGCUGUUCUCAAAGUCGUUCAUGUUUUGAAUCGUAUUCCCGUGUAUCCAGUGGCAGAAAAGUAAUUAAUUCUUAUAAAAGAUAAGGUACCUGUUGCACACGGGCUUAAGUUCUCUCUGUAUAAGUGAAUUUUAUUUGGAUAUUUCAGUUAAAAAUAAUGGAAAGAUGAGAGAGAGAAGCACGUUGGAUAAAACGCGUUUUUAGAGCUCGUUUAUGUUAUUCGAUUAUGUGAGAGAAAGAAGACAGUGAUUAUUCGGGGUUGUUGGUUGGUACAUAUGGACACACACAGACGCGUGGACUGUUCGAAUGAGUGAGAGACCAUCGACGCUGGCACGGAACGAGGAGUUGCGUGCCAAUUGAAAGCCGAGAUAACGAAAGAAAUCGAUCGAACGAAGGAACACGCUUUCGUGCUGCCAUGACAAUGGUCGUCAACAAGAUCAACAUGUCGUCGUACUCCGCGCCGCGACGCACUUUCUUCUCGGGCCUGCAUACCAAGAUGUCGGAGUUCCCGGUGGAGGGAGGGGAAAACGGUGACAUGCACACUGUCAUGGAGAAUUUUCAAAAAAAGAACAACAUGGUGAGCGGAAGGAGCCACGUUACCCAUCAUCCACAGGUCACUUCGUCGUCACAGAUGCUGACGACGAACCAGAGCCAGAGCAGCAGCAGCAGUUCGAGCAGGGUGGCCAAAUCCUCGCAGAGGAUUCUUACCUCGUCUUCAUCGAGUGAGAUGAAAGCAAGCUCCAUGAAGAGCGACCUAAGAGAACUUCAACGCGGCAUAUCCGAAAUGAAGAACAAUAUUUCCACGAACUUUUCACAACGAUUGCGAAACAGCAUGGAGAACCUCGUGGAUAGAGAUGGAAACGGGACGGAGGAGGGUGACUUGACGGAGCCAUUGGUGACGUUUCCGGAUCCAGACACUCCACCACCCGCCACGGGAACAGUUACGUUAACAGGAGGUUCACCCUCGCAAUUGAGCUCUCUGAACUCACUGAAUAAUCUUCACAAUAUGAGUCCACCGAUCAGCAUGUCGAACAUUUCGAAUAUGACGAACCUACCUGCUGGACAGGAGACGAUGAAAUUCGAACAGAAAAAGAUGACAAGUGCUUCCAAGACGAAGGUUGUUACAGACGGCUUUAGCGCUGAAAAGGCGACGGCGAAUAGCGCCGAGAUGAGAGCUUUACAAGCUGGCGACGUCUCGUACAAGGAGCAAAGCGCCGCGACGGCGGCCAGGGCGCGCGUUGAACUCGAUGGCGUCUCCGCUGAGAAGAGCGUCGCCGCUGCAAGGGAACAAAGAAGCCUAAAAGCUGGCGACCUGUCGCACCAGGAAAGCAAUAACAUGGCUGCAUCCACGAUGAAGCUACAGAGCGACUCCUUCAGUUCAGAGAAAAAAGCUAUGGCAGCACAACAACAAAGACAAACGGUCACUUCAACCGGGAUCUUUAACCACGAGAAACACAUUUCUGCAGCAAGUUCGCAGUCAAGUAUCACAAUCGCAAAAGGAGUCACCUCAAAAUCUUCAAUGAUCAGCGCAGCGAGUGCAGUGAAUCAACUGAUGAACGGCAUGAGGCCGGCUGAAGACGAACUUCUUUCUCUACCUCUGGACGAUCUAGACCUUCUAUGCUCAAAAUCGAAUCCCCAGGACGUCGAUCGAGCCAUCGCCAAAUACUCUAAUUUCCUAGACAAUUUCGUGGAACGUCUAAAAGCUAACGAUUGUAAAAGUGGCAAGGCACCGUUGUUAUUAAACAGAGUGAACGAAAUCAUUAGAAAAGCGUGGGCUGUACCUACUCAUGGUCACGAAUUAGGUUACACCCUAUGUAACACCCUUAGAACGAGAGGCGGUCUUGAUUUGUUAAUGUCCAACUGUAUAGCCAGCGAUAAUGAACUACAGUUUUCUUCGGCCAGAUUAUUAGAACAGUGUUUGACCACAGAGAACAGGGCACACGUAGUGGAACACGGUUUAGAGAAGGUUGUGAACGUUGCCUGUGUAUGCACAAAGAAUGCUAAUUCAGUGGAUCAUUCGAGAGUAGGCACUGGAAUCUUGGAACACCUGUUUAAACAUAGCGAAGGGACCUGCAGCGAUGUGAUCAGGCUAGGUGGUCUAGAUGCUGUUCUAUUCGAAUGUAGAAAGAAUGACAUUGAAACGUUGAGACACUGUGCUGGUGCACUCGCCAAUCUGUCUCUAUAUGGUGGUGCAGAAAAUCAGGAAGCCAUGAUCAAGAGAAAAGUGCCUAUGUGGCUGUUUCCACUAGCUUUCCACAAUGACGACAACAUUAAGUACUAUGCUUGUCUGGCGAUUGCUGUAUUAGUAGCUAAUAAGGAAAUAGAAGCUGCAGUGUUAAAGUCUGGUACACUGGAUCUAGUUGAACCAUUUGUAACUUCACAUAAUCCCUAUGAAUUCGCCAAGUCGAAUCUAGCACAUGCACAUGGUCAGAGUAAAAAUUGGCUUGAGAGGCUGGUACCAGUACUAAGCUCAAAAAGAGAGGAAGCUAGGAAUCUGGCAGCUUUCCAUUUCUGUAUGGAGGCUGGUAUCAAGAAACAGCAGGGCAACACGGAGAUCUUCCGUGCGAUAGGAGCCAUUGAACCGUUAAAGAAAGUAGCUAGUUGUCCUAAUGCAAUUGCUUCCAAGUACGCGGCGCAGGCAUUGCGUUUAAUUGGGGAGGAGAUUCCUCAUAAACUCAGCCAACAGGUACCUCUUUGGUCUACAGAAGAUGUCAGAGAGUGGGUGAAGCAGAUUGGAUUCGCGGAAUGUGCACAGAACUUUGUGGAAAGUAGAGUGGAUGGUGAUUUAUUGUUGCAGCUGACAGAAGAGAAUCUCAAAGAAGAUAUUGGUUUAACAAAUGGUAUCAGGAGGAGAAGGUUUACCAGAGAAUUGCAGAAUUUAAAGAAGAUGGCUGAUUAUAGCAGUAGAGACACGGGAAACUUAAAUAGUUUCUUGCAAUCAAUUGGUCAGGAGUUCUCAAUCUACACAUACAGUAUGCUUAAUGCUGGCGUUGACAAAGACUCCAUCAGGAAUUUGUCUGAAGAUCAGUUACUGACAGAGUGUGGCAUCGCGAAUAGCAUUCAUAGGUUGAGGAUAUUAGAUGCUAUUAAGAAUAUGCAGCACAAUCAGUUGGGUUCUUCGGAGGAUGAAUCACCAGAUAAAUCCUUGGACGUGUUUGUUAGUUAUAGAAGAUCAAAUGGAUCCCAGUUAGCCAGUUUAUUGAAAGUCCACUUGCAACUGAGAGGCUUCUCUGUGUUCAUUGAUGUUGAAAGGUUAGAAGCCGGCAAAUUCGACAAUAACCUGCUGCAAAGCAUCAGACAGGCAAAACACUUCCUCCUUGUGCUGACACCCAAGGCUUUGGAAAGGUGUAUACAGGACAGUGAAUGCAAAGACUGGGUUCAUAGGGAGAUUGUAGCAGCUCUACAAUCACAAUGUAAUAUAAUUCCUAUCAUAGACAACUUCCAGUGGCCAGAACCUGAAGAACUCCCUGAAGAUAUGCGAGCAGUUUGUCAUUUCAAUGGUGUACGAUGGAUCCAUGAUUACCAAGAUGCCUGCGUAGACAAACUAGAAAGGUUUAUGCGGGGCGAAAUACCAGUCAGAUCAGAUAUCCCAAGGAGCAUCGCGCCCAAGGACGUGACGCAACCAAACACACCGGGUAACACAACCAUAAGACAGCCACCGAACUAUCAACGUAUGCACAGUAAUGAAAGCAGGGGCAGUGACAAAGAUUCGACAGGAGGGCGAGAUUGACUAGAGGGCCCGCCCACAGCCAUACCGAGCAGCCAGGAUUAACAAUCACGCUAAAGACAAUCAAUCACGUCUAGGCUUAGAAAAUCGUCAAGUCCGUCCCGUUGGUUAAUGGGUUUACCGCCUACGUCUCCGCGAUUGAAGUUCACCCAUACGCAGCCUGGAGGAAGUCCAGU